CGUCAGGGGGCGGCGUGAGGCGCCGCCGUGUCAGAGGCGGUGUGGGGAUAUGGCCGCCAUGGCGGAGGUUCGGCUGCGGCGGAAGCAGCUGCUGAGCGCGGAGGAGGCGGAGUUGUUCGAGCUAGCGCAGGCGGCGGGUAGCGGGCUGGACCCGGAGGUGUUCCGGGUGCUGCUGGAUCUGUUGCGCAUGAACGUGGCGCCGCUCGCCGUCUUUCAGGUGCUAAAGUCCAUGUGCGCCGGACAGCGGCUGCCGUCGGGACCCGAGGGCGGCCCUCCCGCCGCUCCGGCCUUGCUCCCUGCCGACACGCGAGGGAGAAAUAAAAGCAGUUCUGCUGUCAGCGGGACCCAGGUUCUAGCAGAAAGAAGCAGCCGGGAAGGAUCUGCCCAGAGGAUGCCUCGGCAGCCCAGUGCAAGCCGGCUGCAGAAAACAGGAGCUUCUGGAAAGAGCACUGGAGGAGGCAACAGUACCUAAAUUAGGCCUUGAAACUGAUGUAUUUUGAUGCUUGGCAAUGUAUAUAAACCAUUUGGUAAAACUGCUUGUUUUGUGUAUGUUAACCUGACAAAUGUGGUUUGUAAUGUAUGGAAGGGAGCUGUUGGUUCUUAUUUCCAAAACUUCUUUUGGCAAUACAAACUGCUAGGUAUUGACUGAAGGCACAUGGGACAAAGAGCCUGAAGUAGUGCUCAAGUUGCUCCAGAGAAGUCAUGACUAAUUUUAUAAGCCAGUGCUUCUUUCUACCUCUUUCUCUAAAAUACAUUUUGAUAUGUUGAUGCUGCUGUAGCAGCAGAAAGUCUGGUUGGCUGCAUUACGAGGUGAAUAGUGCUGAGGUAGAUCAUAUGUUAGUGUCACUGAGCCCUGCAGUGAUGGUAGUUUGCACUGGAAACCUGACUGGUGGUGGUGUGUUCUUGUACUUAAGCUGGUUUGCCCUGUUCUUUCAUGUGCAUGCUUACUUGGGGUUUAGCUCCUUAAUCCGAAAACCAGUUUGACCUAUCACAUAGCAUAAUUGCACAACAUUCCAGUGAUGCUAAUGUGAUUAUUAACUUACAAAGUAUUACAAAACCCUUUGCCUAAUGGGCCAGGUUAAAUCAGGAGAUUAUGCUGGAUAAGGGAGAGAAUAGUUUCAUCGCUCAGUGUAAGGUACAUACAAGUAACUAAAACAGGUUAAGUGGAUUUGUUAGAGCUUUAGUGUUGCUGAUCACUGUUGCAUACGCAGGCAGUGGAGUUGACUGCUAUGGCCUUGAUUAGCUCAGGAUUUGCUAGUGACAUCCAUUUUGCUAAUUAGGAGCAAGUGCCUCCGUUCUUUGUGAGGGAUAGAUGGUGUUACCUAAACUCAAGGAGAUCUUACUAACCUGAUUCAACAUGUGCUAAAAUUUCUUCCUGACCAAAGGAAAAAAUGCUGGAGAUCACAGUACUCUUUUGCACAAGUUUUUGUGCGCAGUAUUAAUGAUGCUCAGAUAAUCCUACUUUAUAGAUUCCUCUUGCAGAUUAGUCUGCUUUUCUCCCCCCUCUCUGACUAGGCUUGAGGCUGUUGUUAACGAAGAUGGUUGUGUUCACAGCACAUGGCAGUCAGGAGAGACUUGUUCCUGUGUGUGCUCUCCGUGGCCUGCAGUUCCUGCCAGGAAUACCUGCUUGCUCUGGCAGCGGCACCGCUGGGUAUCUGCUACAGUGUAGUUCUCUCCACAGGCUGCAGGGGACACCCUGCCCUUUCACUUCCAUGGGCUCCAGGGAAAUCUGGCAGCAUAUCCUCCCACUCCUCCUGCUCUGCUCUUAGUGUUUGCAGGAUUAUUUCUUCCAUAUUUAUUUUCCUCACUCUGGACAUCAUUUUGUCCUUUCUUAAAUACGUUUUUACAGAGGUGUAACUUUUGUAAAGAAAGCCACCUUGGUUGCUCAGCCAAGGCCACCCCUGCAGCAUCCCAGCCUUGCCAUCUAAAUCCAAUACAUCUAUCUGUGGAGAUCAGAAUUUUUCAAGGGUAUGGGUAUCUCCUGCUUUGAUCUUGUAAGAGAAUGUAUCUGCUCCCCCCAAAAUAACCUGCAAAGCUCUGCUGGGAAGCUGUAAGUUGAAUUUGCUGGUGAAAAAGAGCAGUUGAAGGGCUGUUAUUUUUUUUUUUUUUUGAGAACAGUUGUUGGUGCUUUUAUCCCUAGAACAGAUGUGAGCAGACUUGAGAUGUGAUUGAAACCUCAAUGCAGUAUAUUGACCUUCUUGGAAUAAGUACCUAAUAAACAUGUUUUUACCUGAA